UUUCUCUCCCUUGUUACGCCAUAGAUGCUAUUAAAGACGUUAUUGUUGUUCACCUUUGGUGCGACGGCUCCCCAGGUGGCUUUGCAAGACAGUGGGUUGCAGAAUCCGAUAAGAGCCCAUCGAACCGACCACCGUCUACGUCAGCACGAACGGCUACCCGAAUCACAUCAGUUAUCAAAUGCAGAAAAGCAGCAGCAUGUCAAAGACGCUUUUUCAUGGGCUUGGAACGGUUACAAGACGUUUAGCUGGGGAUUUGAUGAAAAUCGACCCGUGAGUAACCAGCCAGCCAAUUCCAGAAACGGUUGGGGCGCAACCAUCGUGGAUGGAUUGGACACGUUGUAUCUGAUGGGAUUUUAUGAUGAGUUUGAAGAGGCCAAAAAGUACGUGGCCAAGCUUGACUGGAACGUGCGUGGCGACAAUGAUCAAGUGCAGGUGUUUGAAACCGUCAUACGCUACGUGGGCGGUUUGAUCUCCGCCUACGAUCUGUCAGAAGACAAAGUGUUUAUCAACAAAGCCGUGGAACUCGUGGAUCGACUAUUGCCCGCUUUCAACACACCGACAGGCAUCCCUUACCAAUUCGUCAACUUUACUUCUGGCCAAGCGGUCAAAUCCGGUUUUCCGGAAGGCGCCUCUUGUUUGGCCGAAGUAGGCACGGUGCAGUUGGAAUUCACACGGCUCUCUGAAAUCACAGGCGAUUGGAAAUACCAUCAUGCUGGUCAAAAAGUGUAUGAUGCCUUUAUGCGAGCCGAAGUAUCUCACGCUGGAUUGUUUCCUCAUCUGAUCAAUGCCGAUACGGGUCAGCCAUUGGGAGACUAUAUUACGUGGGGUGGCAUGGCCGAUAGCUUUUAUGAGUAUCUAGUAAAGCAAUAUGUUUUAUCGGAUCUCCGAGACCAGCAAAAGAAACAAAUGAGUAUCGAUGCCAUACGAAGUCUCGAAAAAUAUCUGCUGUCGAGACCCAUGAAUCACACCACCAGUCUCUACCUUGCUAACCUUAUUCAAGGAAAACAGUCGCCCGGCAUGGAUGAAUUGGCAUGUUUUGCACCUGGUACUCUGUUACUGGCAGCACGGACGAUCCCAGAACUUGAAGAUGUAGAAGGGAUUGCCGAAGAACUGAUGCAUGGUUGCUACAACGCGUGGGUUUCGACACGCACAGGAUUGGCUCCCGAGAUAUUCGGAUGGGUCGACACGCGCGGUAAAAGCGUUCCAGAAAAGUUGUCGCAACGUCAGCGCGAUCUGGCAGAGACAGCAGGCGUGUUCCCCAUCAUAUCAAAUUACAUAUUAAGACCAGAGACGCUGGAAUCGUUGUACUAUUUUUAUCAAUACACGCACGACAGUCGAUAUCAGGACAUGGCAUGGAAUAUUUUCAAUGCCAUCCACACUUACUGUCGCGCAAAUUCGGGAUUCUCGGGCGUGUCCAAUGUCGAUUCUUCCUAUCCAUCAUGGGAUGACCGGCAAGAAAGCUUUCUCUUUGCUGAAACGUUCAAAUAUCUGUACUUGAUAUUUGAUGAUCCUCAUCACCCGCGAAUCUCAUUGGAUGAAUGGGUGUUCAAUACGGAAGCCCAUCCGUUCCAAAUUACAGGCCAAUCAUGGCCUGAGCGACCUCCCGUAGUGGAAGAUGAAACAUGGUGGCAAUGGUUCUUCCACAUGAUUACUCGUUGGAUCCAAUUCAUACUGCUUCCAUUUCUUUAAUUUGAGUCCUUGAAAUGUUUUAUGAUCCCACUUUUUUUUCUUUUCACCAUUGUUUUUAUUCAC